CUUGGCCCUGCAAAGUGUUCUUCAGACCCAGUGGUUGUGUCCUUAUAUUAGGCCUAGAUCAAUAGUCUUCAGGCAUAACCCUAUCGUGUCUCUUUUGAAAACCCCUAGCCUUUGAUUGCACAACGGAGUUUGACAAAGUACGUCUUGGAAUUAUGCGCAGUCGAUACUUCCGGGAGAAAGCGUGCAAGUGGAUCAUGGAGCAGAUUUGAAGAUUACGAACGUCCUGUAGAAGGGACUGAGAACGUCUCAGAAUCGGCAUCAAGUGAUGAGUAAACAAAAUCAAAGCAGAAAUGAACUGAUGCAAGCUAACUGUCUGAGCUCUCUGACCCAAAGCAUGUUUUUGACGUUCUCUAAAAAUCUUUUUCUGAGCAGAGCAAAAAAAAAGUUUUUUCAAAAGCGUGAAGAUUAGCAAUGUGUUUAGGGUAGAGCAAAUCCAGCAAAUGGCCAACAGUAAGUUUGAAUAUGUCCGCAAGUUUGAGACAGAAGACAGGUGCUUGCCAAAUUGCUGGAUAAUAGUGAGAGUGGAUGGAAAAGCUUUUCAUAAGUUUUCAGAUCUUCACAAGUUUGUCAAGCCUAAUGACGAUCGCUCUUUGAAUCUGAUGACAAAGGCAGCAGAGACUAUUUUACAAGAAUUUGAUGACAUUGUUCUGGCUUAUGGACAAAGUGAUGAAUACAGUUUUGUUUUUAAAAAAAACACAAAAACAUACAACAGGAGACAAAGUAAGCUGAUGACCAAUAUAUCAAGUCUGUUUGCUGCCUCCUAUGUAUUCUACUGGGCAGACUUCUUUCCAGACACUAAAUUGCAGUAUCCACCUUCAUUUGAUGCCAGGGUGGUACUUUAUCCUAGUGAUCAAAAUCUCAGAGACUACCUUAGCUGGAGGCAGGUAGAUUGUCAUAUUAAUAACCAGUACAACACCUGCUUUUGGAACUUGGUUCAAGUUUCAGCACUGAGUCCAGCUGAGGCUCAUGGCAGACUGAAGGGAACUCUUGCUUCAGAUAAAAAUGAGUUAUUAUUCUCAGAAUUCAACAUUAACUACAAUAACUUGCCUGAACUGUACAAAAAGGGAACAGUUGUUAUAAAAGAACAGGAGGUGACAUCAGUACAAAGAGAAAUUCCAAAGACAGAUGGAAGUGGAACGGAAGAAAAGACAUUUACAAAAAAACGACCAAAGCUAGUAGCUUUGAAUGUUGACAUUAUCAGGGACACUUUCUGGAAAGAUCAUCCAUAUAUUUUAGAGUCGAGUUGACACCAACAGUUUCUGCCUGGGAACAGGAGAUGUUAGCACAGGAUGAAUAUUUUAUUUUUACAAAUAGCAUGGGUAAUUGUCAGUUGUAAUCAAAACGAAAUGUAGGAAACCAAUUCUGUUUAUGUUUUAUUUAGCCUGUUAAAUGUGUCAAGCAUGUGCUACCUUGUAAACGAAUUUAAAAAAAAAUCUUUUAGGUGGGUGUCGUAAUCUGUAUCUUUAUUUAAAAUGAACAGUUAGUCCAUACAAAGAAUAGGCUUUUUUGUAAAUGCUCUCUUUGUCAUGUGUUUGUUUUCUCCUCUAAAAUGAUUCAGGACCUUGCAUGGUAGUUUGUAUCUUAAGUGGGUUCAGAGCUGAAAGUCUCAAGAAAAAGAUUUCUCUGAUAACCUGUGGUAUGUAGACUGUUAAAAUUGUAUCUCAAGUUUUGUUUCUUGUGGUAUGUUUGAUAUUGACGGUAUGGUGUGUGCCAAUUCAUGAAUAAUUAACAGCAUUUCUUCAUUGCUGUAUUCAAUUCCCAGGUAAAGAUUACUUGAAGUCCUGUAGCCUCAAUCUCUGAUGAAGAUACAAAUUAUGAAGCUGUCUUAGUAGUCAAUGAAAUAUUUGAGUGGCAAUUAUUCUGAGUUUACAUGUUGUUUUACUGUUAUAGUUUACAGUAUGGCAUUCAGUUCAGAAAUAGGACGAAUAGAAAAUUUCUUACAAAAGAAAUGUGUUGUUCGUAAAGGGUCAAAGCUCUUGAUGUUAGAUAAUUUACUAAAACAAGAUUGUACCAUGUAACCAUUUUGAUUCACACACAUUAUUUGGAAGCAUAAUUUGCAUUAAGUUAAAUGUCAGUUAUGUUGUUGGGUAUUUUGUGAUUGUAUAAUCCACCAAUAAAUUAAACUUGUUUUAGGUGUUUAUUUGUCAUCAAAUUGAAUGAAUUCUUAGUUGAGUAAAAGAUAUACACAUACGAAUAACUGCAAACUGAAAGUUUUUAGUAGUCCUACAGGGAAAGUUAAAUGGACAAGACCUCUGUAUCAAAAUAAGAUGAGUUUAACGAUUGUCUGACAAAUAUUAAAAAAAAA